AUGACCUUGAACAUGCAUGUUGCACUGCCGCUUUACAUGUAUCCGUCAGUAGGAACAUGGCAACCUUUGUAUGACGCUCUCAGUAACAACCCCCAAGUUACCUUUGAUGUUAUUGUCAAUCCCAACAACGGACCAGGAGGCUCGUUGCCAGAUUCUAACUACAUUGCGAACAUCACCAUGAUCAACGCUCAUCCAAAUGUCAACAUACUGGGUUACGUCCACACAAGCUAUGGAAGCAGAGAUCUUUCCGAUAUUGCCUCAGACAUUGACACUUACCAAUCUUGGUCCACUUACACAAACUCCAACAUCUCACUCGGCGGUAUUUUCGUUGACGAAACACCCGCUUCUCUGGAUAACUACGACUACAUGGCAAACAUCUUCGACAAAGUGAAGAGUACAAUGACCAAUGGCAACCUUGUCUGGACAAACCCAGGUGUUCCUGUCGACGCUUCUUUCUACAACAUUGCAGACAUGAUCAACGCGUACGAGAACAGCUAUGACCACUGGAUGAAUCAAGGAGGCAAUUCGAGCAUCCCAGCUGCCGUGAGAAGCAAAAGCACUGUGUUGCUGCACAGUUAUCCCUCGAACACUGAUACCAUGGCCUCAGAUGUCGACGGACUGGUCGAUGCGUCGUAUCUUGGUGCGUUGUUGAUUGUCAACGAUCAAUACUCGAGUUUUGAUUCAAUGUGGCCGACGUUCACGAGUGAGGUUAAACAAUCAAAUGCGAACAUGAAGUGUUAA